AUGACCGAGACCUUUACUGCAGUAUUUGAGGAUCUAGUGGAGCCUAGGCCCAUUGAGCAUCUGGGACAGUCUGACCUAUCCUACCAAGGACAGCUUGAUCCGCCGCUCAAGAUCCACGAGGAUGGCGGGGAGUCUGGAUGCGGAGGGAAAGUGUGGAUAGCAGGUAACCUUCUGUGUGAGUUUAUACUAGAGAAGAGCAAAGAUGGAAGGGUUCUAUCUCAGUUUCCUGGGUAUGAAAGACAGUUUAAAAACAUAAUUGAGCUGGGUAGCGGCACCGGUCUCGUUGGCCUGUGUGUAGGGCUCCAUGGCAAGUACAAUGGCGCUACAGACACCAACGUGUACAUUACAGAUAUCGAAGGUCUAUGUCCUUUGAUGCAGAAAAAUGUCGAGCUGAAUGGGUUAGAUGGGAUGGUACAUCCCAGACCGCUCUUCUGGGGGGAGCCCUUGUCAGACGAAUUCACCAGGCAGCCGAUCGAUCUCGUUCUCGCGGCGGACUGCGUCUACUUGGAGAAGGCGUUCCCACUUCUAGAAAAGACUCUGUUGGAUCUCACUGCUGGCGAGAGCCAGCCGCUUGUGCUAAUGUCCUACAAGAAGCGCCGGAAGGCUGACAAGAAGUUCUUCAUCAAAAUUAAAAAGGAGUUUGACAUUAUCGAAAUAAAGGAUUUCAAAAGCUACGAAGAUUAUCGGCGCCAGCGGACCUAUCUUUUCCAACUGGUGAGAAAGCCUGCUCGUGCGCCACAUGCAUUGGCACCAUAA